AUGCCAUGUCAUUUAAUCUUCAUUAAAUGCAAGUCUGAUAAUCUCAAUUCCCAAUGCAGGUUCAUCAUUACACUUUCUCCACAAUGUCACGUCUAGCCCACGUUCACAAUCUACUUCCAUCAUUUCCUCACAUCAUGGUUUCUUUUCAACUUCCACCUCUUUAUCAUUUCCAUCAGAAAUGGCCACGUGUCCCACUAACACCAUUACAUCUAAAACGUUUCAACAUCUUCUUCCUAUAAAUACCCAUAAACCUUUUCUUUAAACCCUUUUACGUUUCAGAUUUCCUUUUUUCAUACCCAUUUCUCAAGCUUUUCACAUUUUCUGAGAAAUCUUCUUCAGUUUUUUUUUCCAGCAAUGGCGCCUCAAAAACCCUUAAGCAGUAAACACUCCAAGAAGAAACAAGACUCAUCUUUUCCUCCUGUGCAUGAUUUAAAAGGGCCAAUGACCAUUGGAAAUCAACAGUAUGUUCCGGAACCUCCAAAUGAAAAGGAAAAAGACUGCAUCUAUAAAUCUCAGGUACUAAUCCCUGUUCUUAUUUCUGGAAAUUAUCACGCUAUGUUAGGUCCCCUUCCAAAUCCAGAGAUUAAACCAGAGCGUUUAAGAGAAUUUUUUCCAUCUUACUUUCACACAAAACCCAUAGGCGCUGGAAGAAAACCUCAGCCUAAAGAGAAAGUUGUAGAACAAAAAGAUUCAUCGAGUUCGACGGAUAUUGGAGAGUUGGACUUAACCUAUUUGAAUUUUCCCAGGAUAUUUAGAACCUGCCCAUGGUCGAAAGAUCCUUCUGACUACGUAUCUUGGUUAGAUAAAAUCGAAAAAGUUAAAGGGUCUUUUUGGAAAGAAGUAGGCAUUUUCGACCUUAUCCAGUUGUCGAGAGUAGGACCCAAUAUCUGCCCAAACAUGCUUUUGGCUUCUCUCUACUUUUGGGAUAGUACUUACAACACCUUUCACCUUCCUUGUGGGAUGGUUACGCCUACCCUUUUCGACGCAGCAGCCAUUGUUGGUCUUCACCCCAAUGGUAUAGAUUUCGACCCUACUGUCUUAAGUGAAGAUACCAUUGCUUUCGAGACUAGCCUUGCACCCUACUCCUUAUUCAUGUCCUAUUACCAUGAUAAGAGUACCACUGAAGUUUUAGAUGUCGAACAUAUAGCCUUUUUGACACUAUGGCUGUCCAAAUAUGUGUUCUGUUCUCGCUCUCUUCAAGUUGCCAAGAGAUUUAUCACCAUAGCCAAUCAGCUUCAUGCAGGCACGAAACUAUGUUUGAGCGAAAUGAUUCUGGCGAAUCUCUAUGAAUCUCUGAGCGAGAGCGUACAUUUCUUAAAGAACACCAAAUCCCAAGGGAAAAUCAACUUAUCAGGACCUUUUUGGCUCUUGCAACUAUGGCUCAAUGCCACCUUUGAAGCUAGUCUUCCUGUAGCACCAGAAAUAGAUGAAGAAGAAGUAAACAAUAGGACUGUCGAAUGGCCAAGAUUAGUGCUACUAACGCCAACUGAUGAAGGAAUCAGCCUUCGACAAGCUUUUAAAAGCUAUGUUAUGAUGUUUGCUAAAAGUCAUCAAUUUACUUCGACCAUGGCACCUUUUGCUGAUAGAAAAACCGGACCUAAGUGGUUUACCCAACAACUGCCCUUGGAGAUGCAGAAGGACGAAAACACAUUUCUGAAUGUUUGGGAAUCGUUCUUGACCCCUAGGCUCCUUUUUUCUUAUCGUAACACCACUAAAAACCAAAUUGCUUUGAUAGUUUAUCAACCCAACCUUGUUUCUAGACAAUUUGGUCUAAUCCAAAUCAAACCUCAACCUAUAUUCCCCAAAAAGGGGUCCAUCAUCUUUUAUAACUCCCUUCACACUGAAGACGAAGGCAAAGAGCUGUCGAAGAAACUAGCUGAUGCUUCUCUCGACAUUCGACCAGUUAUUUUUCGACCAUCAUUCUUAUGCACUCCUGAGUUUGAUGAAUGGUGGAAGGAUUAUUAUUCCAACAAAUUUUUUGACGUAGCUGCUUUUGCUACACAUUUGACAAAUGCUUUCGCUUUUGUGCAGGAUCGGACCAAAAAAGCCGUGAAGAUCCCUGCUAAGAAAGCUGUUGUCGAAGCGUCGCCCAGUACUGCUAAGAAGCCUUCGACAAAGGUAAGUCGAAAACCCUCAACAAUCCAAAAGAAGAAGAGUGAAGAGGAGAGAAAAGAGGAUAAAGUCCCUAGUGAAGAGUCUGGUGAUGAAUCUCCAGAGUUAAUCCCUCCCCCUCAGAAGAAAAAGAAACUCACGAAGGUCUCUUCCCAAAGGUCCAUUGUUAACCCAAUCAGGAAGGAUUCUGCCAGUACUUCUCCUGCCAAGCCUCAGUCGAGAGAUAUGGGGAGUGGGAAAUCCGGUUUUAAUACUGAAAUUCCUGAGGAACAAGUGGCUGUCGAAAAAACGCCUGAGAAAAUUUUGGAGGAAACAGCCCCAGAGGAAGAUGUCCCCACAAGUGACCAUGAUAUGCAAACCGUAGAAGAAUUCGACACUACAGUGGGUGACGCCUCUGAAGAUGAAUCUCCUCCUCAUCCAGGAUUGCAUGUUGCACCUCAGGGUGAUGAUAUUGAAAUGGAGGUUGUAGUCGAAGAUGAUCCUGAAGAUGGAGCUGCCAGAGAUGGGGACAACCAGUCGAAACGAACAGAGGUUGAGCGUAUUUCGACGCGAAACACUCCACCUGCUUCUGACCGGGCCCAAGGGAGUGGCAAAUUCACUGUUAAAGAUGAGCUACAUAUGAAGAAGUAUGAAGAAAAUGAAGAAGUCGAAGAAAUAGAGCAAAUUCAAGAAAUCUGGAAGAAAUUAUGA